GUAUUCGACCCGCUGGCGACCAGCUCCAGCGACGACGACGAUGAGAGCGUUUGGGGAGAGCUGAUACAAACAUUUUCUCGGCGUAAUGUCAGCUGCCCUUUAUCCUUCGGGUGCGGGUGUGGACUCUGUGAAGUGAUGGGCUCAGCCACCGAGAAUUUGUGUUGCCACAGCAUCCAGAAAGUGCGAGAAAAAAUCCCAACAUCUGAAAUAUGCAUCACUGUGCACCCUACAUUUCUUGGGGGUGUUCUAAAUCAACAUGCAAUUGAAAUAGCGUAUUUCAACUUAAUGGAACAUGAGCGGGAAGCCAUCAACGCCCCAGAUCUCCACAGGCGGUACAGGUUGACGGCCUAUAAUCAGUUUGUGCGGUGGGUUUGGCACAAGCUCGGACGCCACCACCGCAAGCCACUGCCAAGCUGCGUAGUCGUCAAGAUCCGGGCAGCCUACCCAUCUGAAACAUAUACGGGCUUCAGAUAUGUGGAGUACUAA